CUGAGCAGUUGGCAGCAGCAGCAGUUGGAGGCGUGCUUCAACAACGACAACCACUACCCGAGCAAGCAACUUCGAAACGAACUUUCAACGAGACUGAACAUCAGCCAGAACAAGCUGGAAAUCUGGUUCCAGAACAGACGCGCCAAACAACGUCGCAUGGAGCACACGAAGAAGAGACCCGGCAGGCCCUGUUUGGCCAACCCACCAAAAAAUUGCAGUGGCUCUCCGAUA